AUGAGCGAAAUCAGUGUCAUUGUCACCGGUGGUGCAUCAGGCAUUGGCCUAGCCAACGUGCGAAAGCUAGCAGGAAAAUGGCUAGCAGUCAAGACACACAUCUCGAUCUUGGACAUCAAUACACAGCAAGGAGAGCAAAUUGUCAACAGCCUUAAGAAUGAAUUCUCCUCCAGUGGUCACACAACCUUUACCUUCCACAGGUGCGAUGUCGCAUCCUGGGAUAGUCUGGCUGAAGCUUUCACCGACAUCUUCACAGUCCAACGGCGUAUCGACAUUGUGUUUGCGAACGCUGGAGUCGCCGAGAAGGGAGCGUUCAUGGAACCCAGCAAUAAACCAACCAAGCCAAAUAUGCUGUGCUGCGAUAUCAACUUCUACGGCGUACUGAACACGGUCAAUUUGGCCAUCCACUAUAUGAACAAGAAUCAGAUCUCGACCCGCAAUGGACUCAGAGGUAGCAUUAUCUGUACAGCGUCCAAUAGUGGGCUGUACGCCUUUCCACUCGAGCCCAUGUACGCCGCCGCCAAGCACGGUGUAGUCGGCCUUGUGCGGUCCCUAGGGCCGCGUCUUGCGCAAGGGAAGAUUCAAAUCAACGGUCUUGCACCUUGUGUCGUGGAAACAAACAUUGCCCCUGGAGUGGGCCAGCUGGAUGGGAUCAUUCUAACGCCUCUCAGUACGGUUGUGAAAGCAGUUGAGAUGAUUCUUGACGACGCCUCGAUUUCGGGCCAAAUCGCUGAGAUAUCGGAAGAUAGGGUUACCUGGCCGAAACAACAAGACUACGUCGAUGAUAGCACGAGGAAGAACUAUGGCAUUUUAUGUACGUUGGUAGAAGGUGCAACUUCUGCGUAG